AUUCACUUUACUUAUGGAGAGAUUUCCAUGAAGACAACUUACAAGGACCUGAAUGGCUUCAUUUUAGCUGCUUCAGCUUGUGGAGCUAUUGCUCGCUCCUUUUCUUCCUGUGCCUGGUGUGACAGUGGCUGCUGAGCGCCAUGAAGGUGGUUCCAGAGAAGAAUGCUGUCCGGAUACUCUGGGGGCGAGAACGGGGCACUCGGACCUUUGGAGCGCAACGGCUUCUGCAGGAGCUAGUGGAAGAUAAAACUCGGUGGAUGAAAUGGGAGGGCAAGAGAGUAGAACUGCCGGAUAGUCCACGCUCUACCUUCUUACUGGCCUUCAGCCCAGACAGGACUCUGUUGGCCUCCACCCACGUGAACCAUAAUAUCUAUAUUACGGAGGUGAAGACUGGCAAAUGUGUUCAUUCUUUGAUUGGACACCGCCGUACUCCGUGGUGUGUCACUUUUCAUCCCACCAUCUCAGGCCUUAUUGCUUCUGGCUGCCUAGAUGGGGAGGUCAGGAUUUGGGAUUUGCAUGGUGGCAGUGAAAGCUGGUUCACAGACAGCAACAAUGCCAUUGCUUCUCUGGCUUUCCACCCUACGGCUCAGCUCCUGUUGAUUGCCACUGCCAACGAGAUCCACUUCUGGGAUUGGAGUCGGCGGGAGCCCUUCGCUGUGGUGAAGACAGCUAGCGAGAUGGAACGGGUCCGUCUGGUGAGAUUUGAUCCUCUUGGACACUACUUACUCACAGCCAUUGUUAACCCCUCUAAUCAGCAGGGUGAUGAUGAACCAGAGAUCCCAAUAGACGGAACAGAGUUAUCCCACUACCGUCAGCGUGCCCUGCUGCAAUCACAGCCAGUUCGCCGGACGCCUCUCCUCCACAAUUUCCUGCACAUGCUGUCCUCCCGCUCCUCUGGCAUCCAGGUGGGAGAGCAAAGCACAGUGCAAGAUUCUGCUACCCCCUCACCCCCACCGCCUCCCCCUCAGCCCUCCACGGAGCGCCCCAGGACUUCCGCUUACAUCCGGCUCCGACAGCGGGUCAGUUACCCCACAGCUGAGUGCUGCCAGCACCUUGGGAUCCUGUGCCUUUGCAGCCGCUGCUCUGGCACUCGAGUUCCUUCCCUCUUGCCACACCAGGACAGUGUCCCCCCUGCUUCUGCCAGGGCUACUACCCCUUCCUUUUCUUUUGUACAGACCGAGCCCUUCCAUCCCCCGGAGCAGGCCUCGUCAGCGCAGCAGGACCAGGGCCUCCUGAACCGGCCGUCUGCCUUCAGUACAGUCCAGAGUAGCACUGCCGGCAACACGCUCCGCAACCUCAGUCUGGGUCCCACCCGGCGCUCUUUGGGAGGCCCUUUGUCCAGCCACCCUUCUAGGUAUCACCGAGAGAUAGCUCCUGGGCUGACAGGGUCCGAGUGGACCCGGACAGUGCUCAGUCUGAACUCCCGCUCUGAGGCGGAAUCCAUGCCUCCGCCCAGGACCAGUGCCUCUUCGGUGAGUUUGCUGUCUGUGCUGAGACAGCAGGAAGGUGGCUCUCAAGCGUCUGUGUACACUUCAGCCACAGAAGGGAGGGGUUUUCCAGCUUCAGGGCUGGCCGCUGAGUCAGAUGGAGGAAGUGGCUCCAGCCAAAACAACUCAGGCUGCAUUCGCCAUGAGCUUCAGUGUGACCUGAGACGCUUCUUUCUGGAAUAUGACCGGCUUCAGGAGCUGGACCACAGCCUGAGUGGAGAAGCCCCCCAGACCCAACAGGCCCAGGAAAUGCUCAAUAACAACAUUGAGUCCGAGAGGCCAGGCCCCUCCCACCAGCCCACCCCACACAGUAGUGAGAACAACUCCAACCUGUCCCGUGGCCACCUGAACCGCUGUCGCGCUUGCCACAACCUCCUGACCUUCAACAACGACACCCUGCGCUGGGAAAGAACCACACCCAACUACUCCUCUAGCGAGGCCAGCUCCUCCUGGCAGGUCCCCAGCACCUUCGAGGGCAUGCCAUCGAGUGGCAGCCAGCUGCCACCCCUUGAGCGGACUGAGGGCCAAACGCCCAGCUCCAGCAGGCUGGAGUUGAGCAGCUCUGCUAGUCCGCAGGAGGAGAGGACUGUGGGGGUGGCCUUCAACCAGGAGACGGGCCACUGGGAAAGAAUUUACACCCAGUCUAGCAGAUCUGGAACUGUAUCACAGGAAGCCUUACAUCAGGAUAUGCCUGAGGAGAGCUCUGAGGAAGAUUCACUCAGGAGGAGGCUGCUGGAGUCUUCCCUCAUUUCAUUAUCCCGUUAUGAUGGAGCAGGAUCCAGAGAGCACCCAAUUUACCCAGACCCAGCGAGAUUAUCUCCUGCUGCAUACUACGCCCAGAGGAUGAUCCAGUAUCUCUCACGGAGAGACAGUAUUCGCCAGCGCUCCAUGCGCUAUCAGCAGAACCGUCUCCGUUCUUCCACCUCCUCUUCCUCAGACAACCAGGGCCCAUCAGUAGAGGGAACCGACUUGGAGUUUGAGGACUUUGAGGACAAUGGUGACAGAUCCAGGCACCGAGCUCCACGCAAUGCCCGGAUGUCUGCACCUUCACUUGGACGCUUUGUUCCAAGGCGUUUCUUGCUGCCUGAGUACUUGCCUUAUGCGGGGAUUUUUCAUGAACGUGGACAGCCUGGCUUGGCUACUCACUCUUCUGUUAACAGGGUCCUGGCAGGGGCAGUGAUUGGUGAUGGACAGUCUGCUGUGGCCAGUAACAUUGCCAAUACUACCUACCGGCUCCAGUGGUGGGACUUCACUAAGUUUGACCUCCCUGAAAUCAGUAAUGCUUCCGUGAAUGUGCUGGUGCAGAACUGCAAGAUCUACAAUGACGCCAGCUGUGACAUUUCUGCAGAUGGCCAGCUCCUGGCAGCUUUCAUCCCUAGCAGCCAGAGGGGCUUUCCUGAUGAAGGCAUCCUGGCAGUGUACUCCUUGGCCCCCCAUAACCUGGGUGAAAUGCUCUACACCAAGCGAUUUGGUCCCAAUGCCAUUUCGGUGAGCCUGUCCCCAAUGGGCCGAUACGUAAUGGUGGGCUUGGCCUCGAGGAGGAUCCUGCUGCAUCCCUCCACAGAGCACAUGGUGGCCCAGGUCUUCAGGCUGCAGCAGGCCCAUGGUGGCGAGACCUCCAUGAGGGUGAGUGCCAUGGCUCGUGCCUCCGUUGUAGGGCAGCUCUCCAGACUUGGCAGGGUAGUGAAGGUUAAUGGUGUGACCUCCCAACCCGGGUGAGAGGUAGCAUGUUUGUAAGGAGUACGAAAGACUGCUGUCCAGCCCAUCUGUGACCAGCAGGCUUCACUUUUAGAAGCUCUGGACUAUUAAAAGGCAGGAGCUUUCUCACACCCUAGUUCCUGAGCUGAGCUCCCGAGAGGCUUGAAAGUAUCUUUGGAUGAAGCCCAAACUGAAUACCUCCUUACCUCAGUGUGAGACCUUUGGUCUGGAGAUACAUGAAGGACACAAUGAAAUAUUUAUGCUUAUUAAAAAAAAUUUUUUUUUGAGGAAGCAAGCUAUAAAAAGUGAUAUAUAAUAUGAAAUGUUCUUUUCUGUGGGUUGUAAUCAUGUUGGAAGAUGAGGCCUUUGCA